GAAACUCACAAACUGGACAUAGGUGAAGGGGAAAAAAAAAACAGAGAGGGAAAGAGAGAGUGGGAAUAACAGAUGAGUGGACGCAGCAUAAACUCAGUGUUCUACGCAGAGACAUACCACCCAAUUCAAGCUGGUAGUAUUGACGGCACCGACACUGCUCCUCACGAUAACGCCAUUUACCGUGCGCUUCUCUGUUCCUCCGCCGGUCUCUAUGACCCUUUUGGAGAUCCGAAGGCCAUUGGUGACCCUUACUGCACUAUCUUUGUUGGGCGUCUCUCACAUCUCACUACAGAAGAUACACUUAGAAAGGCAAUGAGCAAGUAUGGUAAAGUGAAGAACUUGAGAUUGGUUAGACACAUUGUGACUGGUGCAUCAAGAGGUUAUGCUUUUGUUGAAUUUGAAACUGAAAGGGAGAUGCGCCGUGCAUACAAGGAUGCGCAGCAUUCUUAUAUUGAUGACUCUGAAAUCAUAGUUGACUAUAAUAGGCAACAAUUGAUGCCUGGGUGGAUACCAAGAAGGUUAGGAGGUGGUCUUGGUGGUAGAAAGGAGUCUGGACAGCUUCGGUUUGGGGGCCGGGAAAGGCCAUUUCGAGCUCCUCUUCAAACAAUUCCUUAUGAUGAUUUGAAGAGGCUUGGCAUUCCUCCUCCACCAGAGGGAAGAUAUAUGUCUCACUAUGAGGUCCCAUCACCCCCUAGAAGAAAACGGAGCUCCAGAGAUAAGGAAGAAAGUUCUCACAGGAGGAGCUCCAUAGAUAAGGAGGCUGAGGAAUCCUCUAACAUAAGGAGCUAUAGGGACAAGGAAGAGCACUACGGUGAAAGGCACUCUGUUGAAAAGGAAGAACACCGCCACAAAGGCAGCUCCAUGGAUAGAUCAGAGCGCUCUCACAGAAGAAUCUCACCAGAGAGGGGUGGUUACCAUCACAAAAGGAGCUCUUUAGACAGGGAAGAGCACUAUGAGAAAAGGAGCCCUGUGGAUAUGGAAGAACCCUCCCACAAAAAGCUGAGAGACAGGGAGGAGCGCACUCACAAAAGGAGCUCCAGGGACAGGGAAGAAGGCUCUCGCAAGCGCCAUAAAUAUGGGAGUUCUUCUGAUAAAAGACGCAAGGAAGAUGCCUAGUAGUCAGGAUUGCUACCUUACUCUCUGAUUAUUUGCAGGCUGGCCGCUUAUGUAAAUUUGUUUUGAGAUAGAGAGAGAGCAUUGUGUUUUGGAACUUCUUAAGCCUUUAAAUCAUUCUCUUCAUAUUUGAAGACCCGCUUCUGAAUGUUAAGAAAAAUUCUUAUGUCCAAGUUAGUUUCUACAA